UGAUUCUGUUUAUGAGAGCUUAUGUUAAAGUCAUUUUUUAUUGUCUAUUGAUUGACUUUACAAUUUUGGUGUUGUUUUGUUUGUGUUUUUUAGAUUUUAUGCAAAAAAAUUUCCAUACAAGUUUGCUGGCACUGUUCCUGUGGAUAUCAUUUGUUAAUAUUUUGGUGUCGUGUUCCUCAUCAGAUCUUAGGAACAAUAGCCUGUCAAGUCUUUUAACUGGUUUGAAUUCAGGUAUGGGUCCGAAGAAAUGGACAAGAACAAAAAGACUGUUAGAAGACAGUUAUUGUCAAAAUCGUAAUAAUGAAAGGGAAAUGCAAGCAAUUCCUAUUUCUGAUACUGCUGAAGAGCAGGAAAGUCCUUUUACCGGAUCAAGCCGUGAAAAUGAAGGAAGCCUUUUUGAUAAAAUCUGA